CUAUGCGCGGAUCCACUUGGGACAGUCCUCGGAUGGGUGAAGAGGUCUGUGGGAGCUUGCUGACGACAAAGUGGAAUCUAGUGGUGUGCGUGCCGUCGAGGAACUCAGGGCUGGUUCCCGUGCCUUCCCAGCCCUGGAGGCCGAACUUGGAGUCCCAGUUUACGGUUCCCUGGAGGGCGAAAGAUAAGGAGCAGAGCGGGAGCUGCCAACCCCGACCCGAGUCAAAACUCCCAGGGAGUCUUCGCUGCUCCCGCCUCCGCUUCUCCCGCUCGGCUCCCGCUUGGGGGCUCCCUCUGGGGCCGGGAGGCGCAGCAGUCGCUGGAUGUGCGCGCCCGCGGGUCCCCGGGACCUUGGAGGCGGCCGCUGAGCCCCGCAGCGGGCGGAGAGUGUGUAUUCGCCUUGUGCAGCCUCACCCCGGAGGGCCGCGCGGGCUGCGGGCAUGAUCGCCGGGGUCUUCAGCGCGCGCACGUGGGUCCCGGUGGGCGUCCUCGCCGCGCUGGCUUACUGCGCCCACCGGCGGCGGGUGGCCCGGGCCGAGCCGCGGGGGCCUGACGGUCGGCAGCCUGUCGACCGGAGUCAGCUGGAGCUGAAAAUGGUGCAAGUAGUGUUCCGACACGGGGCGCGGAGCCCCCUCAAGCCGCUCCCGCAGAAGCAGCAGGCAGAGUGGAAUCUCCAGCUAUUAGAGGUCCCACCCCAUACUCAGUUUGAUUACACCAUCACCAAUCUAGCUGGUGGCCCAAAACCGCAUUCUCCUUUCGACUCUCAAUACCGUGAGACCAAACUGAAGGGGGGCAUGUUUGCUGGACAGCUCACUAAUGUGGGCAUGCAGCAGAUGUUUGCCCUAGGAGAGAGGCUGAGGAAGAACUAUGUGGAGGACAUCCCCUUUCUUUCGCCAACCUUCAAUCCACUGGAAGUCUUUGUCCGUUCCACUAAUAUAUAUCGGAAUCUGGAGUCUACCCGGUGUUUGCUGGCUGGGCUUUUCCAAUGUCAGAAAGAAGGACCCAUCAUCAUCCACACUGAUGAAGCAAGCUCAGAAGUCUUAUACCCCAAUUACCAAAACUGCUGGAACCUGCAGGAAAGAACCAGAGGACGGAGGAAGGCUGCCUCUUUGCAGCCAGGAAUCUCAGAGGAUUUGCAAAAGGUCAAGGAAGGGAUGGGCAUCACCAGUAAUGAUGGAGUGGACUUCUUCAGCCUACUUGACAAUGUGGCUGCCGAGCAGGUGCACAGCCUCCUGAGCUGCCCCACACUGAAGAGGUUUGCACGGAUGAUUGAGCAGAGAGCUGUGGACACAGCCUUGUAUGUUAUCCAAGGGGAAGACAGGGAAAGCCUUCAGAUGGCAGUAGGCCCGUUCCUCCACAUCCUGGAGAGCAACCUGCUGAAAGUCGUGGAUCCUGCCACUCCCCCAGACAAGACCAGAAAGCUGUACCUCUAUGCUGCUCAUGAUGUGACCCUCAUGCCUCUCUUAAUCACCCUGGGGAUUUUUGACCACAAAUGGCCCCCAUUUGCUGUUGAUCUGACCAUGGAACUCUAUCAGCACCAGGAAUCUAAGGAGUGGUUUGUGCAGCUCUAUUACCGUGGGGAGGAGCAGGUGCCAAAAGGUUGUCCUGACCGGCUCUGUCCACUGGACAAGUUCUUAAACACCUUGUCAGUUUACACCUUGAGCCCAGAAAAAUACCACACACUCUGCUCUCAAGUACAGGUGAUGGAAACGGAGAGUGACUGAUUUAUACAAACAGAAGGUGUUGGUUUUUCAAUAAAUGCCUAUACACACUGC